AUGAAUAGAUGGCGACAUGAUGAUAAUGGCAUGUUAUCAAUAGUCAAUGUAAAUCCUACUCAGAUAUUUGAUAAAAAUGAUGAUUCAACAGAUUGUCGUUCACAUCAAACAACACAUUUAUAUGGAAUAAAAUCUCAUUCAAUUAAAUUAAAUGAAAUACAUUUAAUAUGGAUGAGUGAUAAAUACUUCAAAUAUUUAUUUAAACCGACAAAUAUUUUAUCCCAACAAUAUGAACAAUUAAUUUAUUUAACAUGA